ACCAAAGCCACAGCCGUUCUAACUCGAUUCGGUCGUCCUCGUGCGGAGAGACUCGACACCUCGUCGAAAAGACCAAGUCCUAACGAAGUGGCGCGACGAUCGAGUUAGCUUCGACACACGUGCACCUUCACAGUGGACAUGGAACGACCUGUUCGUACGACGAGGUUUGUUCGCGUAGAAAGCCAGUGCGAGGUGAAAGCGCGAGGUUCGAUCGGGUGUCGUCGAUCAAUGCGCGAAGGAAAAUUCAACGCUUGAGAACUGGAGAGAGACGAUCGUUGCGGGGCCUGUCGGUCCUCGGGGGUCUAAUGGCACCCGACCUUGAGAAAAGGCGGCAGGAACUGAGGAGGACCAACAGCGUUAACUUGGAGCCAGGACACGAGCAUCUUCAAAUGCUCCUGCAGCUUCGUUACAGUGGAAAUGCGUUGAUCGAGCCUUAUCGGAACGGUAGCAAUGCAGGAGGUCGAUCGUCAGCGGUGACAGGAUCGGUUCAAAGAAGCACCGUCACGUCGAGCAACCGCGCGCACUCCGCCACAAGGAGGAUCAACCGUCAGCAACAGCAGGAGCAGCAGCAGCCGCAGUUACAGCAACAGCCAAGGAUACCCUUGGGAUCCUUACGAAGCUCGGAUGAGCACGGGUCAAGGGCCAGCUCGGCACAAGACAGUUGCGAUAACUCGAACGAUUCUGGUCUCGGCUUCGAGGACCGUCAACAGCACCUCACCAACGCAAACGCUUGGAACGGCGCCGGCGAGGAGGACUCGAAAAGAAGGAAAAUGGACAUCAAACUCGAGUCCGAGGACGCGAACUUUGCGUUCCCGGAGGUGGCACACACGACCAGCCCUGACAGCAAGACGGCCAGCAGAGGCACGUCCAAUGGAAUUGGAGGAUUAGCCACGAUCUCCGGAAACCGGACAGGAAAUGGAGCUACGGGGAGAGUGGUCGAGGUCCCGAGAUCUCGUCCGGGCUUGAGCGUCCUUGCUAAGAGGACUCAGCACGGCCCUGUCACCCUCACCUCUCAACUGUGUAGCGCUUCCACAGAUGGGAAGGUGCAAUUGCAAAUCAUUUGUCAACCGGAGCAGCAGCACAGAGCUCGCUAUCAGACGGAAGGUUCGAGAGGGGCAGUGAAGGAUCGAACCGGUAAUGGAUUCCCGAUCGUUCGCCUCGUUGGUUACGACAAACCGACCACCCUUCAAGUUUUCAUCGGCACGGAUCUCGGCCGUGUCGCGCCCCAUAUGUUCUACCAGGCCUGCCGCGUGAGCGGCAAAAAUUCGACGCCGUGCAUCGAGCGGAAGAUAGACGGCACCAUCGUGAUCGAAGUGGACAUGGAUCCAGCGAAGGACAUGAUGGUUACGUGCGACUGCGUCGGCAUCCUGAAAGAGAGGAACGUCGACGUCGAGCACAGAUUCCCUCAGGAAGCCGGGGUGCUUCAAGGACGUAGCAAGAAGAAGUCGACCCGAUGUCGUAUGGUUUUUCGUACAACCAUCGCCCAUCCGGACGGUGCAACAGAAACUUUGCAAGUUUGCUCGCAACCGAUCGUUUGCACUCAACCACCGGGAAUACCAGAGAUCUGUAAAAAAUCACUCACAUCCUGCCCAUGCACCGGAGGAUUAGAAUUAUUUAUACUCGGCAAGAAUUUUCUGAAAGAUACUCGCGUAGUGUUCCAACUGGACAACGAUGAUCUGUCGAGUAGCUUGGAGCCGCAUUGGGAGUGCGCGGUUCUGCCCGAUAAGGAAUUUCUGCAACAAACUCAUCUGGUAUGCGUGGUACCAGCCUACAAGCGACAGGAUCUGACACCUUCGGAAACUGUCAGCGUAAAAUUGUACGCGGUAUCGUCUGGAAAAACGAGCGAGCCUCACACGUUCCUCUACACCGCUGCGUCCACGCCACCUGAACCAUCCGUUGGAAAAAUUGAGCCUAUAACACCACCUCUGUCCACCAAUAACGGCGAUACUGCUCUGGCAACGUCUCCUGUCGCGGUGUCUCUAACUACAGGUGUAUCAUCGAACACUCUGAUUACACAAGCAGCCGCAGCAACACCGAAUUUCUUGACGACCAUACAGCCGCAACAAUCAACGUCCCAGAAAACGGAAGCUCUGAAGAGCGAUCCGAGCCCGCCACCAGUGACGGCAUCCUCGCAGGUAACACCAGUUAUGAUAUGGGCUGCACAAAGUCCAAAUUGCCAAAAUUCACCGCCUGACGUGAUGAUGCCGCCACCAGCUUUGGUAGCGAAUUCGCUUUUAAAUCGCAGAUCGUCUUCGAAUCUUCAAUUAAUUCUGCCAGAUAAUUUGAAGACCGAGGUACUUGAUGAAAAUAGCGAGAACAGCAUGAUUAGCGAGAACAGCAUGCAAAGCAUACCGACGCCGACUGCGAACGGUUCGAAUGGCACCAGCCCGUUGCAACAGCUCGUCAGCGAUAGCUCGAGGGAAACACCGCAGGCUAACAUGAUCAGAUCGGUUCCUGUUGCGGCGAACGGCUCGCCGGUACAGGAGGCGGUGAAUCUUCUCGGCGUGGCAGAUCUAAUGCGAAACCCGCAUUCGUUAUCGAUGGUCACGGCACAUCAGAACACCUUCGGAGGUAUGCACGAAUCGUCUCAAGUCAAAGUUCUAAGUCCUCAUCAUAUCAACAAAGAAACUAACCCGAUGUUGCCGACAGAAGGCAGUCCUAAUGGAAGUCUUCAGGGUGGCGGUGUUGUCGAUCUUCGCAUGAAGCACCACCAAUCGGAUUUCGGUACAUUGACAAACUUUACCGCUACACCGAACGGGCAGCUGCCUGCACAGAGUGGACAUAGCGUAGAAAAAUAUCUGAACCAUAUCGAAUCGAACGUCAAGGAUGCUGAGAGUCAGGAGAACGGAUUCGUAGGUGGCCUGCAACAACGAGCUUCCAUUAUUACUACAGGACGGCAGUCUCAACAAGGACAAGCUUCUAAUAUUUUAGCUUCUCCCCCUCAAGGCGUCAAGUUAGAUACUCUCGUCAACUCUGGCGCUGAAUCUCAUCAGUUGGUAUCGCCACUGCGUACCGUGAAUCCCAAUAGUAAUACCAUAAUGAGUCACGUUUCCGCGAUUACCGAUCACGAAACGAUCUCGAGCCCACAAAAUAAAGCUAGCCCACCAAUUCCUGUCAAGGCGAUGCUUCUCGAAGCGUUGAUGCCGCCUCAGACUGUGCCACCUUUGCCAGGAAAUGGUGCGACAUCUGUCUCGCCGCCUUCGUCGGUAGUUACAGAGCAAACUAACGACGACAGUCUGCUCACUACGAUCAACGCCGCUCUAUUACCGCCGAUGCAGGAGCCGCCCGUGACUGCGACCGGUACGUCGAAUUCUAAUGUUAGUGUACCAUCUCAUAAUCCGUUACAAGUUACGAACGAGAGUAUGUCGACAGCGUCGGAGCACAUUCCGCAGAUGCCUGGUCUUAUACAGCAAGAUGUUGUAGCGAUGCAACAGGUGCAACAAGUGGAACAGGUUGUUGCGCAGGCACAACAGCAAGUUGAACAGGUUGUCGCGCAGGCACAGCAGCAAGCGGUACAGGCUGUACAACAGGCGCAACAGCAAGUCGUUCAGCACGUAGUGCAACACGCGCAAGUUGUCCAACAGGCUGUUCAGCAGGUGCAGGCGGUACAGCAAGUUCAAGCUGUACCGGCUGUUCAACAGGCAGUGCAGCAAGCCACUCAGGAAGUGGUUCAGCAAGCGGUGCAGCAAGCUACGCAGGAAGUUGUGCAACAAGUUCAAGCGGUUCAGCAAGCGGUGCAACAAGCGCAAGCGGCUCAAGCGAUGCAACAGGCGGUGCAGCAAGAUAUCGGCUCUAUGUUGAAUCAGCCUGCAGGCUUCGUUGCUGAAGCUAGUUCUGCUUUAGCCAGCGGAGCGGCCCAGGAACCGUCUCAACAAAGGCUAACCAAUGCUGCGGAACAAGCGAUCAGUAGUGUAAUUACUAACGCUACUCAAGAUAUUAUUAACAAUCGACCCAUUACUACGACAACCGCGCAUGCCAUUAUCGCAACGAAGAAUAUAUUAAAUAGUGUGGCCACUCAAAGUGCCCAAUUGAUGAACAGUGCUAUGGAGGGAAUUCUGCCUAAAUCGCCUCCUGGCCAAAGUAAUAUCGUUGAACAGGUGACGAGCAAGUCGCCACCAGUUGCCUUACCUGUGACACCCAACAGACAAAAUGUAAACCCACCUAUAGCAAACGCGGCUAACAGUGCAAACGGUACAACGGUUAGAAAGCAGGAAGACGGUAUGCUGCCUCAGGAGCUUACCUCGAUGUCGGAUCAUGAUCUGUUAAGCUACAUAAAUCCGAGCUGCUUCGAUCCUCAAAACGGUUUUCUUGUGUAGUACUGCCGUAUUCUUGUCAUUAAAAUAUAAUUGUGUAUUCGAUGUAUCUUCGGAUAUGGAGAGAGGGCGUGAAAGUAAAAAAGAAUGAAAACGAGCGAGAGGAAGAGAGACGAAAAGAAUGAGAGAACGAAUGAACGAAUGCGAGAGUAUAUAAUUAAUUCCAAUCGGUUGGGUAUGAGAGAUAUAGUCUUGGCUCGGUACGAGUUAUAUAUUUGUGCCACAUUGUCGUUUCAGACUUUGUAUGUGAUAGUUACGAAAUCCGUUUUUAUAUGACGAAAAUGGACGAAGUUAGCACCACCUUUAUAACAAUUGAAAACUUUUAAUGUGUUAAGUAAGACGGGCGCACAAGAGCGCGACAGUUAGGGUUUUCUUUAACUUCCUUUUUCUACGAGUUGUCAAAUGUGAUAAUUCAUUUUAUUUAUCUCCAUCAAAUGUCUCUUGCGCAUCCAGGUGCCUUUCCCCCUGUUGUAAAGUAUCUGAAACUGGUCUUUCUCGUUGCGAAAAAAAAGAAACGUUGGAAGUAUAUACGUAUAUAUGUAUUAUAAAAAUCAACAGGUACUGACCCCACUCAACUCUAAACGGAGUCACCGGAAUUGAGUGUAGUAGAAGUUACGUUUUUUUUUCUCAUAGUAUCUUAAAAUAGAAUUCUACAACAGAGUUCAUUAAUACAUUAAUGCAUCUUCUUUUCUUUGACUUGAUUUCAUUCUAACAAAUGAAUCAUCUUGUUGUUUGAUGUCGUUUCUAUCAUAUAUGUUUUUAAGUAUAUAAUAUAUUUCGUAUGUUGUUUAAUAAUUACAAUUUUUUUGUUGAUAAUAUCAAUUAAUAGAAUAUUAUGUGAUUGCGUUGCUGAUGUUAUCGAUAAUUGCUAGAUAAAUGCAAAACGACAGAGAGAUUAUAUUAUAUGUCGAUAUGAAAAAUAAUUAAUAUAGAAAAAAAUAUAUAUAUAUAUAUACAUAUACAUAGUGUGUGUAUAUAUAUAUACAUACGUAAAGUGCGUAAAUAUAUAUAUUUUUUACGUUUACCCAAAGAGAGAAAUAGAGAUGAUCAGAUGAAGUGAGCUUAUUAAAGAUAUAAACGAAAUCUAUAUAUAUAUACACAUAUAUAGAUAUAUAUUGUAACAUCAUGUUACGUUAGGGUUUUGAACCCUUUGUUCAAAGUAAGGGGUGCUAUAACCGCGUGUAUGAAUACUCGCCAAUAUUAUAUGGUAGAAAACAGAUUUUAUAAUGAAGAUAUUGAAACGUUUAAUGUCGUGAUAUGUCUUUGUAGCAAAGUAUAUAUUUUACAUCGAGCAUCUUCACGUGUUACGUGUUCCAUGAGCUCGGAAAGUAAAUGAAAAGACUAUGAAUGCUGCAUUAAUCGAAUAAGCAGAUCAUUAUACUAUGUGGCAUAUAUUUCGUGAAAUUCUUUGUAGCAAUUACUGUACACUGUACGCACAUUUUUAGCAUUGUCAGCCUAAACAUUGAAAAACAAAAUUCAUGAAUAAUGUAUUAUCAUUUUGUUCCUGUAAGUCGAAUAAAUGUUUCACAGCAUCGCUUUCUUAAUGAUUUUCUCAACUGACAUGGAUAUGGAUUUAGUAUUAGACUACAAAUAAACUAUGAAACAAUAGUAUACUGUAUUUUAUCCAUUUUGUACAUUUACAAAUACUACGGAUUAAUUUAACAAUUUAAGAUUUUAAAUUAAAUAACUUGCUAAAAUCA